AUGGUGGUGAAAUUUGAAGUUGAAGAGGAAGCAUGGAAGCGCAUAGAACCAAAAGCCACCGAAGAACAAGAUCAAUGGAGCUCUGGUGUUGGUGAAAAGGAAGAGCAGCUUAAGAAUCAAAACAUGGAGCUACAUAUGGAGCUUCGGAAGUAUGUAGGAGAAGGUGAAAGUAUGACUGUUGGAAAUGAAGAUAAAGUGACGAUAGAACAACAAGCUGGACUGAUCAAAAGUUCCACCACUGUUUUGGCUUUCAAAUUUUGGGAAUGUCAAGAUGCACUUCACUGCACAGAUGCGAAUCAACGGUGUGUGCUUGCUGUUGAUGGUAGAAUAGUUGAUGCGUCUGGUACUCCAGUGCAAAAUGACUAUGGAAAAAUUACAUUUCUUGGGAAGAAUGUAAUGUUUGCGUGUUGUGGAAAUCUUUCUGUGGGAAAUCUUCUGAGUUUUAAUCUCAUUGCAGAGAUGCUCUCCGAAUACUUGAGUGAGAAUCAAAAGACAGUCACUGAAAAUUAUAGGAAGACUCUGAUUGAAAAUUUUGGGCAUAUUAAGAAAGAUCCGUCAGUUCGAUCUGUUGUUGUAGGAUAUCACACAAUCAGAAAGGUUCCUGUUAUAUACGAGAUUGACAAAGAUGGCAUUGCAGUCGAAUGUCCUUAUUUUGCGACUAUGGGUUCGGGUUCUUCUUCUGCAAUAAAACUUUUGUAUGAGGAGAUGGGCUUAAAUUUUAAGAGGUCUGUUGCUGAUGCAUGCGAGAAGGCAAAACGUAUUGUUUGUAGGACAGCUCAGAGUGACCCUGGGACAGGCGGCACUGUAAAUGUACACUGGGUAAGUGCGCAAGGACGACGUUGUUCGCACUGGUUCCACAGCAUUCCAGAGUACCUGAAAGAGCAAGGACUAGGGAGGCAGGCCAGGGAUUAA